GAUAAAAUUACCAUAAUUUUGUCUUUCUGUAAUACAUAAAAAAUUCAGUGAUUCACUCUUCCAACAUUUUUUUUUUUGAAGUAUUAACUAAAUAAAUAUAAAUAUUAUUACCAUAAUUUUGUCUUUUUUGAAGUAUUCACUCUUGUAACAUGGAGUAGUAUUUUGUUUAUAUAAGACAUUUUGAUAACCUUUUGAAAAAUCAACCCAAAACAAGUAAACGUUUUACUACAUUAUAAAUUAGCCCGCCAACCACAAGCCAGACAUUUUCACAACUAUAAAAAUUUAAACACACCUAAGCAGACAGAUAUAUUUGACCAGAAAUAUCCCAAUUACCAAUCUCAGAAAUGGCAGCAAACACAGAUCAACAAACGGCGGUAGAAGAUGAAGAUUUCAGAUUUCAUGCCGACGUAUUGGAGAGCAUCCUCUCGCACGUGCCGCUCGUCGACCUGGUCUCCGCCUCGCUCGUGUCGAAAUCAUGGAGUGACGCCGUAUCCUCCUCCCUCCGCCACCACAACACGCCGCGGCCGUGGCUGGUUCUCCACGCGCAGGCGCGGCACCCUCCGUACGCCACCGCGGUGCACGCGUACGAUCCACGCUCCGGCAUCUGGAUCAAAAUACCUCAGCCACCGAUGGACUACAUUGCCGGCCUCAAAUCGUCGCACUCCAGUUUUGUAUACAUGUUCUCGCCAUCGCGUUUCUCUUUCUCCUCCGAUCCUCUCAAUCUCGAGUGGCACCACGUCGAGCCACCGCUUGUGUGGCGGCAGGAUCCGAUCGUCGCGCGGGUGGGGGACUCCGUCGUAGUCGCCGGCGGCGGAUGUGAUUUCGAAGACGAGCCCUUGGCCGUCGAGAUCUACGAUCUCAAUACGCGCUCCUGGCGCAUUUGCGACUCGAUGCCAGGAAAUAUAAGAGACUCGGCGGCUUCGUCCUGGCUUUCAAUCGCCGUGGCAGCGGAGAAGCUCAUCGUCGCCGAUAAAGUUUCCGGCCAAACACACUGCUUCGAUCCGGAAACCAACUCGUGGUCCGGACCUUUUGAUUUACUUAUAGGUGAAUCUGGAUCUAUUAGCAGUUAUAACAUCGGAUGCGCCAAUAACAGCCUGGUUCUGAUCGCGCUUUGCCGGAUCAAAGAUGUGGAGAGAGUGAAAAUUUGGAGAGUGACCGGAGACGAUUUUGAGUGUGAAGAGAUCGGAGAAAUGCCGUUGGAGUACGUGGAGAGAUUGAGGAGUGAGAGUUCAGGAGAGUGUUCGAUAAAUGUUCGGGUGGGUGGGAGUAUUAUGUACGUGUACAAUGAUACGUGGGACGGAGAGGAGGUGGUGGCGUGCGAGCUGGUGGCCGGCGGCGGGUGUAGAUGGUGGAGCGUGACGAACGCGGUGGCGCGUGAAAAAACGGCGGAGAGGUUGGUCUAUACGUGCGCCGUGGUGGGGAUUGAUGAGUUGCAGAGAGCUAUGAGGGCGGGGAACCUGAGAUGCGACUUUGAGUAGAGUUCACCGCCUCAAGAAUUAGGCUAAUUAACCCAAUUAUACUAUUCAUAUACAAUGGGCCUUUUUUUUUUUUUAAAUAAUGAGUCUUGCACUAUAAAUGUGAGUUGUAGUUUGAUUUUUCUACCAAACCAAGUGAAAUUUUUGCAUCAAUUUAGUCA